AUGAAACAUCUCUGCUUCGUGGAUCCGAGCAGCAACAGCAGCAGCAAUGAAGACGAAGACAACUCGCCCCGACAGAUUAAACCUUGUCACAGACAGGAGCAGAUGUCUAAUGCCGAGGCUUCAGAUGAGGAUGAUGAGGGCAAAGCUCUGAUGAUAGACCCGGACUCUUCAGCCAAAGAGGAGAAGGAUAAUGAAGCUUUCUUUAAAAAGGUGCAGGACAUCCACGAGUGGCUGCAGAAGCUGAAGACGAUGGUGUCCGACCUGGAGACCAAGCAGAAGACGGUUCUGGGCGUAGCGCUGCCAGAUGACAGUUUGAAGAAAGAGCUCCAGACUCUUCGAGAGGAGAUUAAAACGUUGGCAAGCCAGAUCCAAAGAAGACUGAAGAGUAUCGAACCCAAGAAGGGAGAGGACGAUGGGAAAUACAUAGCCAUCAGUCUCCGGAUGCAGCGGACCCAGGUUGAGCUUUAA